CUGAGGAGCGUGCGGCAGGCCGCAUCUCAAUUCAGCCGCUGAGACCGCCGCACGCCGUCCCCCUGUUGCGUUCGGCCUUUGUGAGCGACUGACCGCCCCAGGGCCCGAGCGCGGAUCCACUCUGGACACCCCUGGUCGCUGAGGUCAAGGUAAUAAACAAGACUGUCCAUGUGACAGGAAUUACGGACACGUUUUGCUCUGCACUGCAACAAGUGCUCAACUGCACGUACAGUUACCACCUGCCCUCUCAGCUUACGUAUGGAACUCCUUAUCAGAACGGCACGUGGGCUCCUGGCCUGAUGGCUGACGUCAUAAACAACGUGGUUAAUCUCACCAUGCCCACCGUCGCCAGGACAGCCAAACGGGAUGAAUUAGUGGACUCUACGUCGCCUCUCUACGUGAGGCCAGUCAAUAUUUUCGCUGGCAGAAACCAAACUCGAGAAAACAACAUGGCUGGUUACUUGCUGACUUUCGACCCUCAAGUAUGGGCACUGCUCCUCUUCUUUUUGGCCCUCCUUAGCAUCGUCCUUGCCUUCUUGGAUGUGGUACUCCGCAAGAUGAGAGGACUGCGGGCCACAGCACUCGAAUCCUGGAACGAACACUUCUGGAUGCUAUUCGAGAACAUGUUCUGCGAAGCCUCCGCAAGAAUGCCUGAAGCCACGGUACUGCGUAUUGUCAGCGCUGUAUGGUGGAUUGCCAUCGUGGUGCUAAUGAACGCCUUCGCUGGCCAGAUGCGCGCCUGUCUCAUGGUUAAAUCCGAACGAACGAGAAUCAACACGCUGAUCGACAUUGCAUCGAAGCCUCAUCUCAAGGUUUACCUUCUGAAAAACACUGUGGCCACCCGCUACCUAGAGUCAUCUCAAGGAACAGCCGAGAAGACAGUGUGGAGGAUGAUUGGCCGCCACCGGACCGACCUCUACGGCCUCCUGCGCUUCUCGGACGAGAUGAUGACCGAGAUUGUCCAGGAGAAAGCGGUCAUGAUACACGCCGACACAAUAUCUCUAACUGAGGCACGCAAGUUUUGCGAGGGCGGUCCCACGGGAGAGUUCUACCUCGGAACGGAGAACCUGUACACCUUGAUGUUCGGGGCCUACAUGAACCGAGGAUUGAAUCACAUCCUUCGGCAGCGGAUUAAGAGAAUCGUAGCGGCUUUACGAGAGAGCGGAAUCGCGGAGUUCAAGUAUUUAGGUGCUAUGCUUCCGAUGGAGCGUUGCAGCAUCAAGGAGGAAGAAGAGCAGCUGAAACUGCAAGACUUGGUCUCCGUGUUCUAUUUGUACGCUGGCAUCAUCGCCGCCUGCAUGCUCGUCUUUGUGGCCGAGACUGUUAUUGGUCGCGCUAACCAUGGCGUACGCUACAGACGGCGUGUGCGUCAACUCAAGAUUAGGGACUCGCCGUAGAAGUUUAGUUCUUUUAUUCACCUUUAUUGUCCAAUCGAGACUGCAAAAGACAUCUAUGCAUUUAAGGAUUACUGGCAGGAAAUUAGUGCCUUGUUCCGAUUGCUUUGUUCCACAGCUGUCGAACCAGCAUAAUUAUACACGAAGAACACUCAUUUCCCCCAGAAUGCAACAAACAGAUGAUUAAUUACGUUACCCUUUAAUGCGAUAAAUUCGAAGCGUGCGCCAAGAAACACACACACGCACACGCACACGCACACACGACGAGACAAGAGGGAAGACCGUGUCACUCUGCGUUUCCAAGGAAAACUAACGAUUGGAAGGAAACAUUUGUAAUCUUUAGAUGACGCUGUCAUUGCCUGCCCUAAAGCCACUGCUGUGGGCUGAUUAGCAGGCUCUUAGUAAUAGCAGGCUAUUUUAACCGUAUGGAAGCAUUAACCGGUCAGCUGUCGAGAUAAGCAAAAGUGGUUGAUAGCAUUGGUGAAAAAAAAGGUAAGAAAAAUGCUGAUAAGGACUGGAUCCCUUACAGGCAUAGUUAACUACACAAGUUGGAUAUAGAGGUUUCAAAGUAGAGAUAAACUAUUAGGAAGACAGAGAAAUCGCUGCACUGAUAAAUAUCUAUAGAAUCCUUCAUUUAUUCAGCUAUCUCGUCCCAUUAAAAAGCGGGUCACAAAAUUUGUUGUGUCGGUACCCCUGUAAAGCGGUAGGCUGGCAAAAUAUUACCUAGAACUGUGACCAUUUAAAUUUGACGUAAAGCGCCGGCCGUAGAAGCACACGCAGAGCAAAGGUUCGAUCAUACACGGCGGUAUGAAAUGCACGUUACACUAAAGGAUUGUUACAUCCCGGGCAGUUGCAAUAGUUACGUUAUGGUGGAUAGUGCACACUGGUUUUUCGCGUACUAGGAAUCUUGUGUUGCGGAACGAGUGACUGGGUAGACCUAGAAGGCUUGACAGGUAUCAGCACUGUGUUGGUCCGGUUUCCAGGUAAGGCUUUGAUUAGGAAGUUGCGUCCCAUGCUCGCGGUUAGCGCACUGAGUUAAGAUGCGCGCAGGCCGAACAUGCGUGGAUGAAAUGCUGUUGCUGCUGCCGUUAUACAAGAGCAUAAUAAAGCACGUUAUUUCAUGUC